AUGCGCUGUGGAUUCAUCGCGCACAUAGUUAAAGCCCGCGUGCGAGAAAUUUAUACAUUAUGUAAAAUCGACCAAGGUUAUGUUGUUCCUGAAAGAUACUGUUUUGAAGUUACUGGUUCAGCCAUUGCCUUUGCAAGACGUUUAAGUUCUUCAUUAGAGGUCAGCUCAUCUGUUUCUUCAAUGAUGACACAUCCUUAUGGUAUAGCAGUGUGGGUGAAUAUUGGUGAUACCAGUCGCGCUAUUUAA